CAGCCACACAAACACACUCCUCUCAGUUACAUGCACAGUCACACACACACACAUCACUCACACCGCUGGCACCACACUCACACACAAGCGCACACCCACACACAGAGUGACGGCUGCCAGGCGCAGUGGGCAGCAAGCCGUCAGGGACAGAGCUUGCAAAAAAAGAGAGACAUCGCAGAGGGGAAGAGAAGAAAAGAGAGUUGGAGACCUUGUGGAUCAGAGGGGAUUUUCCUCAGUGUGAGUGCAUGUCUGCAUUGGACUGCUUCCUCUUGAGUGAAAGGAGUUUUGAACCUUUUUUCUUUUGCUCAUCCUCCACGCUGGACUCCUGCGCUAUCUACCUAGCUAUUCCCGGCGCUUAACAAAAGAGGGAGGGAGUGAGUGUGAGGAGGAAAAAAAAAACAGUCACAGCUUCAGCUCCAGACCACCCUCCUCCCCUCCAUUCUUCUCUCCAGCUACACAUCCAAGUGCGAGUUCAUCACUGACUUCGGAGGAUAGAACACAGGACGUUGUGUGUUCCCUCGGAUACAGCCAAGCCCCUGGUGGGAUCGGGGGUCUCGUGUGAGGUCUGAGAGCGGGAGAGUACAAACCCACAGGAAAAAGCGGAAGAGACAAGAAGCGACAGCAAAGAUACGCUGGGAGGGGAAACUGAAGGCAAACUACUGAGGGGCAUCUGCAGGGCAACAGAGAGAAGACAAAAUUCGGUGUGCUUUUUAGAGCAGAGACUGCGAGGAACCGACAACCAGAUCUCAUCCUCUCCUCCCUCCUUUUGCUCCCCCCUUACGUUCUCACUGUCCUGUUGUCCAUUCCUCCCUAUUGUUUCCUGUAUUGCCACUUCGUAUCCUGAUAUCCUCUUCCCUCACCUAAUGUUGCCCUGUAUUUCAACCCUAUUUUUGUUGUCCCUCCGGAUUCUCUCAGUCUGUUCACUGAUACCUACAUUAAGACUUUUUUUCUGAUCUCCUUGGCAAGUAGACAAACUGAAAUCCAAAGUCUCACACAGGAGAGUGCUUUCUUCCCGCAUCCUUGACUCAUUGAAACGGAUCACCUAAAAGAAUCCAGGCUAGAACCUCAGCGUAAUUGUAUCCAUCCUGUGAGCUUCUAUCUCCAGCCUCCAGGACCUCCAAUUGAAUUCCAGCUACAUGGGCAAGCGUUUGGAGCAGCAGCAAAUGUACCCCCAGUACACGUACUACUACCCCCACUACUUUCAGACCAAGUCUUAUGCUCCUCCACCUCCACCUUUGGCACCACCCAGCCCCAACACCACAGGAGGAGGAGGUGGAGGUCAGGGAGGAGGGAUGGUGGAGCAGCUAAGCAAGACCAACCUGUACAUCAGAGGCCUACCACCGGCUACCACUGACCAAGAUCUCAUCAAACUCUGCCAGCCAUAUGGUAAAAUUGUUUCUACAAAGGCCAUUCUGGACAAGAACACCAAUCAGUGUAAAGGCUAUGGCUUUGUGGACUUUGACAGCCCUGCAGCUGCCCAGAAAGCUGUGGUGUCGCUCAAAGCCAACGGAGUCCAGGCACAGAUGGCAAAGCAACAAGAACAGGACCCCACCAACCUGUACAUCUCCAACUUACCUGCGUCCAUGGAUGAGCAGGAGCUGGAGAAUAUGCUGAAACCCUUCGGUCAUGUCAUUUCAACCCGGAUACUGAGGGAUGCCAAUGGACUAAGCAGAGGGGUCGGCUUUGCCAGGAUGGAGUCAACAGAGAAGUGUGAUGUGGUGAUUCAAAACUUCAAUGGAAAAUUCUUGAAAACUCCUCCAGGCAUGACAGCCCCUGCAGAGCCGUUGCUGUGCAAAUUUGCUGAUGGUGGCCAGAAGAAGAGGCAAACCCAGGCGAAAUAUCCACAGAAUGGACGACUGUGGACACGGGAAGGAGAGAGUAGCAUGACGCUGACAUAUGACCCCGCCACGAUACAAAAUGGGUUCUACUCAUCACCGUACAGCAUCUCCACCAAUCGGAUGAUUGCGCAGACGUCUAUCACACCCUUCAUCGCUGCCUCUCCUGUUUCCACGUAUCAGGUUCAGAGUACAUCUUGGAUGCCACAUCAGCCAUAUGUUAUGCAACCAACAGGUGCUGUGAUUGCGCCGUCUGCGGCCAUAGAGCCCAGCUUGUCUCUUCACCCCUCUGGCGUCAUGGCUCCUCUCACCCAGCAGAUGAACCAACUGUCCUUGGGCACAGCAGGGACUUACAUCCCCGCUGCAGCAGCUGCUCCUAUGCAAGGAACCUACAUUCCCCAGUACACUGCAGUGCCUGCUUCUGCCAUCACAGUGGAAGGCGUGGUGACAGACUCAUCUCCACAGACAGCUGCUCCCUCCUUGCAAGACAACAGCGGGCAGCUGCCUUUAUCGGUCGAGAACACAGGGGAACAUGGCACUGCCUACUCAUACCAGCAGACUAAAUAAAAAGAUUGCAAAUUGCAGCGUUGCCUUGUGAAGGACCGCACUGACAGAGAAAGAACCAAGCAGGGACACACUGAAGUCACAUGGACAACAGGACACAAGUGAAUUCUUCCACUGUGCUGAGACACUAAACAAAGCUGUUGUUUUUUUUUUUAAAUAUAACUGGUUGAACCAAGCGAAUGACAUGAGAUCAUUUCUGCACUUAAGGACAAUGGGAUCAAUAGCAGUCUGCAUCUUUGAGUUGAUCAUUUCUCCCAGUGAGACUGGGACUAGCCUCUGAAUGAAUGAAAAAAAAAAAUGAGCAAAGACAAAGACUGAAAUGCCAACCAACAUGAUGUACAGAAGAAAAAAAAAACAUUUGAAUGUCCAGGUAGAUUUUCAGACUUUUAUAUUAAAAAUAAGAAAUCAAAGACAAACUAGACAAGAUUGUCUUCCUUUGCUAUUCAGUUACAGGGGAUAUAAAGUCUACACACCCCUGCUCAGAUGCCAGGGUCCGAUCUUAAAAACAUGAGACCAAGAUUAAUAAUUUUGAAACUCUUUUCACCAUGAAUGUGUGUUAAUUUUGUCAUGGCGAGACAGUUGUACACUUCCUCUUUCCAAAAGAUUAUUUUAUUAAUUGAGUUGUAUAGCUUAUAGGUCACAUUAAUGUGGGAAAAAGGUAUUAAAAUGGGUCAUCUUGGUCGUCUUUUAUUUAUAUUACCCCAAAAAAUGUUUUUUUAAACAGCGGUGUAAACGUCUUAUAUUCAUUGUACAUCAUUUUCAUCCUUUUUAUUGUUUGAAUAUUUUCUAGGAGAUCAAUGUUUUCACAAGUCUUUCUUGCCUUAAUUUUCCUCAAAGUGUGGGAAGCAUUUCCAUUGGGUUAAAGUAUUAACAAAAACUGUUGAAUUGGUCAUUAAUGAGGUUUGUGGGAAAUCACACAGAUUACCAAUUUAAUUUUGUUUUAUAUUAAUUUCAAGAUAAUGUGGUGCAGUUCAUCUGAAAUUCUUUGAUAUUUUGUUUUUCUUUAACAAAAAAAAAAUGCUGUUACAGAGUUUUGUCUGCUUUCUAUGUCACACUGCAAACAGAAAAGCUAAAAGGUAGAAAGUUGCUGGCUUUGUCACAAAGGAGGACUGAUUUGAAGAUGAGAAAAAAGCAAUAGUUUUAGUAAAAGUUCUGUUUUUCAGUGUUCAACAGCGGCACCCUGCAAGUGGCAUAUUUUAUACCAAAGAUGAAGAAAAUGGCUAGUGAAUUCCUUAUUCUUCUUUUACCACUGAAAUUGAAAGGUAUGAUGCUAGAUGUACGUAUGCAGUGAGGAAUCCUUUUGUCAAACACUUUGUCGUAGGGCUGAGUUGCUCUGUAUCAAACUGCUUCUCCAAACAACUGGUGGAUAAUAAUGGGAGAUUUUAAUCCAGUGGAAAUAUAUGGCUGCUUUUCCAAGUGGUUUAAACAACUAUACUGUACGCAAAUACAAGGUGCUUGAAAGUUGUGUACAGCGACAUGUAAAAACGUUCAAUUCAAAACAAAACACAUGAAAUAUCUAACUUUGGGACACUGUUUUGCAGUCCAAUCCUCUUUUGCCAACCACAAGGCAUCUUCAAUUUGACCAGAAGUAAGAUCUGUCUCAAAGCAAACGGCAUUUCUGCAUGGAAUCGUUUGAGGUGGUGUGGAAUAUCUCUAGUUAAAAAAAUAAUAAUAAUUAAAAUUUUUUUGAAAAUCAAUGUGGGAGCUGCUAAAUAUUGUUUUUAUUGUACGUGACCCAGGUUGUCUCAUGUUGCGUGAAUGUGGAAAGAGCUCCAUGUUCAAAAUCUCCACCCAAAAAAAAAAAAAAAAAAAAAAAACAUUCAGCCAGGACAUCAUUUGUACAUGAUUGACGACUUGGAAAAAAAUCCUAUAAGAAAAAAAAAAGAAAUGAUAAUAUCAAAAAGAUGAAUAAAACAAUACCACACUGUCCACUAAUGAAAAUACACUAAAAUAUGGAGGCAAAAAAAAUUCAGGCAUAUAAAAACCAAAUGGAAGAUAGGAUUGUAUCUGAUUUCAUCUUAGGUUUGAAAAUGUGGGUUGUAAUGGCCGAGAGAAGUCAUGUUGAAAAAAAAAAUCUUUUUGUUUACUUGGUCACAAGGCCUUUAUGAAAUUGUGAAUCUGAGAGUCUCUGUAGAGCCGGUGGAUAUUUAAGUACUUUCAAGUGUCUUUUUUUUUCCCUUUCUAGACAACUCUUUCAAUAAAUAAA